AUGAGUUUUCGGAUACGGCUAUGGGCUUCCCCAUGGUCCGCCGCUCUCAUGUUGUUAUCGCUUAUUGUUGUUGUUAUUGCCGAAGAAGAAGAACUUACUGAUCGGGCUACUCUCAAACUGGUUAAACGAGAUGAUGAACUGGCCAGGAGGAUUGCCAGGUCUCACGGAAUGGUUAUCAAGGUAAAAGAUAGAGAGACCAAAGUAAAGUUUAAGCCACCGCGCGCUACUGCAUCGUCUUGUCGAAUUUGUGUUUAUUUUAUCCGUUAUAUUUUUUAAUACAGUAUAAUUUUAGGGCGAGCCGUUUCUGGACUCUCACUACUUUAUGUAUCACGAAAAAGGGCAUCGUGUGAAAAGGGAGACCAUGGAUCAGAUCGGUCUCAAUGGUCACGUUGAAUGGGUUGCUGCAGAUGUUCCAAAGAAACGGGUGAAGAGGGACUUUGUGGACGACUCUCUUAUUUAUGGCCCCAGGGAAGAACGCCAAGCAUUACCAAUCCCCAAACUCCCAUUCCCAGAUCCCUUGUACCAAGACCAAUGGUAUCUUGUUGGUCGCGCUGUAGGAGGAUACGAUAUGAAUGUGAGAGAAGCGUGGAUGAUGGGAUUGGCUGGAAGAAAUGUGUCCAUCUCUAUUCUGGAUGACGGAAUCCAAAGAGAUCACGCAGACAUCGCCCAGAACUAUGAUCCGCUCUCCAGUACCGACAUCAAUGAUCACGAUGAUGAUCCCACUCCUCAGAAUAAUGGAGAUAACAAACAUGGAACUCGUUGUGCUGGUGAAGUUGCUGCCGUUGCUGGGAAUAAUGUUUGUGGAGUUGGUGUCGCUUUCAAAUCUAAUAUCGGUGGAGUCAGGAUGUUGGAUGGCCCGGUCUCUGACUCGGUCGAAGCCGCUUCCUUGAAUCUGAGACAAGAUCAUAUUGAUAUUUACUCAGCUUCGUGGGGUCCCGAGGAUGAUGGCAAGACCUUUGAUGGGCCUGGAGCAUUGGCCCAGGAAGCCUUUUACAGAGGGAUCAAACGCGGCCGAAACGGAAGAGGAAAUAUUUUUGUUUGGGCCAGCGGAAAUGGAGGAUCAAGACAAGAUUCCUGCUCGGCUGAUGGCUACACUACUUCCAUCUACACCCUCAGUAUUUCUUCUGCUACUUUCGAUAACAAAAGACCAUGGUAUCUAGAGGAAUGCCCAUCAACAAUCGCCACUACUUACUCCUCGGCCAACAUCAAUCAACCAGCCAUUGUUACAGUCGAUGUUCCCAGUGGGUGCACCAAAAUGCAUACAGGAACAUCUGCAUCUGCUCCUCUGGCUGCUGGUAUUAUUGCUUUAGCAUUGGAGGCUAAUCCAGCUCUCACCUGGAGGGAUAUGCAGCAUAUUGUUCUUAGAACUGCUAACCCUGCACCUCUUUUGGGAAAUGCUGGAUGGUCGGUGAAUGGAGUUGGACGAUAUAUCAGCAAUAAAUUUGGUUACGGGUUAAUGGAUGCUGGGAAAUUGGUCAAGUUGGCAAAAGUCUGGAGAACUGUCCCUGAACAGCACAUGUGCACUUACGAAUACAGAUUGGAGAGGCCGAAGUAAGCAAUUUCCUUUAUUUGUCGUCAUUUUUAGAGAACAAUAUUGUUAUAUAUGAUAUUAUUUUAGUCCACGACCAAUUGUUGGGCGAUUUAAACUCAAUUUCACAUUGGAUGUGAAUGGUUGUCGAGAGGGGACACCAGUCCUCUAUCUAGAACAUGUUCAAGUUGUAUCAACGAUCAGAUAUGGAAAGAGAGGAGAUUUGAAGCUGACUCUUUACUCUCCUAGUGGCACUGAAUCUGUUCUUCUUCCACCGCGACCUCAGGUAUUUCUUUUUUUCAGAGUACAGGGUCCUUCAAGAAAUUUUGAACAAAAUUUUUGCUUAUAUUUUUGUGCUCUUUGCAGUUAUCCAAGAAAUUUAAGUUGUAUUUAAAAUUCGAUGUCUUUUUUGAAAAUUACACCUCGCUACAAAGCUCAGACUCCUCUACUACGGAUGAAAUCAGGUAUGCCGCAUCUGGCAGGACGUAAUCUGUUAGUCUCGAUAGUUUGGCGGAUGUUUCACACAUCGGCGAAGGUUCGGCGGAAACUUUUUAAAGGCGGACAAAGAUGUAUAUAUAUAAUGAAUCUCUACUUUAAUCUUUUAAUUCGAUGAUUUUAGGAUAUAAAUCAAAACGGGUUCCAUAAAUGGCCUUUCCUAAGUGUGCAGACCUGGGGCGAAGAUCCUCGAGGAACCUGGACGUUGAUCGUUGAAAGUGUCACCAACAACCCAGCGAUAUCAGGUAUACAUUUAUUUCUUUUUGUUGAUUUAGACGUGUAGAGGCGAGCCAUCGUUUGUAAUAUGCAAUUUACAGGUAUGAUCAGCGACUGGACCCUUCUGUUAUACGGAACCGAAUACCCAGCCCAGUCCAAUGACCCCAGACACAGUGACAACCCGGUGCCCUCGAGGUUUAAGCCCUCAUCUCAGGGUCAAUCGAUGUCCAUCACAUCUCAAGUAAGUCGUUUUGCGAAGUUGUUGCUUUUGAUGACCGGGUUCCUUAGUUUAGUCCUUUCGGAAGUCUGGUCUUGUAUUUUUGAUGUGAUUUAACAUGGGUCGUGACAUGAGUUUGAUGUCCACUUUCACAUUUCCCCUUUCAUAACACCUCGAUAUUGUUCUGUCCAGGGUGUGCGGAAUUUCGUGUUUCUUGAUUCCAUUUCCGUUUCUGCCGUUGAGUCAAGGGUUCCAGUUCAGCACGGAAAUCACUCUUUUUGUCAGGCACGGAAUACGAAACAGGAAAUUCCGACACUCUUCUCUGUUCUGAGUCUGUUUUGUAUUCUGUGACUGUCGAUCGUGCCAAAAGUGCUUUCCUGGAAUCCUCUUAAAAUACGAAUCUUAUGAAAGUUUGAUUCAUAUGUAAAACAAAAAGGCUGAUUUACAACGGAAUAUAGUAAAAUGCAAGAAGAAAUAGGAUCAAGUCUGCGGAAAGUGAUUAUCGUCGGUAGAAUUGAGUAUCCGCACACUCUGAAUUCAACAAUGUUGGGUCCCAUGAUCUUGAUCAUAACCCUUAUCCUCGCUCCCUUUGACUGAUGAUUCUCCAGAUCUUCUCAACGUCCUGGCUCCUUUUCCUCGUCCAAGUCAUCACUGUCGGUUUGGUGGCGCUCGUCGCUCUCUUCUCAGUCUACCAAUUGUGUCGUCGUCGUCCGAAGAAGGCGUCAAAUCCCCCUUCAACUCAUGAAUUACAUUCAACUUCUCAAGAAACUCAGGAAACGACUCAAUGAGCGCAAGGAGAAGAUCGUUUUGCAUUGUGAUAUUUGCAGUUUUCAAUUUUUUCACUUUAUAUUUAUUUUGUUGAUAAUUUCGGGUACCCUUUUUUAAAACGACCAGUAACCGGUGUCAUUCCUAUCAAAUACAAGCGUCCUUACGAGAUUAACUAGUAUCUAAGAAUACGGGAAGUUAAUACUAAUUUGUGAAAAAAAAACUUUGGGUAUUAUUAUACUAAUAGCCUAGUAGUAUUAUAUAACGAAAAUGAUAUUUCCAACUAAUUGUUUUUGGGUUUUGCCUUUAGGUUCCCCAAAACUAGCACUUAUUGAUGUGAUUUUUGUUUUCCCAACACAUUUCGGGUGAUUUUCGUAUGCUCAAUGAAGAAGGUAGCACUCUCUCUGUAUUUUAUAUAUUUUCAGAAUUAGAAGAGCGUUUAUUCCGUGGAUAUUCCGAUGAAAUGUUUUGUCUUUCCCGUAUCGUAUCUUGUCUUUUAUUGUUUGUCAGGUAUUUCUAACAUUGUAAGUCGCAUUAUUUUUUCAUUUAUGUUGUCAUCAGAGCUAAUCUUUUCAUGUAAAUGUAUCUAACCCUAUAUAUCUUUCGACCAGGGUCAUAUCUUAGAAUAGGGUAGUAAAUAAUAUUAAUAAUUGUUGCAUUUAUUGCAUGAUUCGAACAUAAAGCUGUUAAUGAAGACGGAGUUUAUUUACGUAGCGAUUUUAUAUUAUCCAUGCUUGAUCCGGGUCUCAACUUACUUCCCUGCUUAUCUCUUGACGCAUUUCUACUGCCUCAGGGGAACAUUAACGUCCAUCUAGCACUAACCCAUGAUCCCUUGAUCCGGCUGUUUGAGUCAGAGCUUUUUUGUAGAACGUGCAUCAUAUCACAACGACCACUUCCCGCGGCUUCUGGAACAAAUUCCUCGAUCUGGUUCGGCCCUUCUGAAUCUCCGCAAUGCACGAUGCUCUCUUCCUUUCCCUUUCUAUUACUUAUUUACGUUGUACAUGGAUUCUCAAUGUCUUCAAUUUAUAAAUACGAAUACAGAUAUACGGUAUAUUAGAAUAGUCAUAUUUUCUUUGGUUGUGGUGGUGGUUGGUUGAGAAUUUAUGGUAUAAGUGUUACCGAAGGUUGCAAAGUUGUCAGAUUUUUUGCAAUUGAAAAAGUACAAAGUACAAUAUCAGAAUGGUUUGUUUGGAAAUGAAUAUAAAAUUAUGAUUACAAUCAAAGAUUGCGCGGUCUUUGUAUCGGUUAUCCCGUUCUGUUGAACACCUUUGUCAUUAUUUUAAUAGUUUCUACCGUAAUCUCUUGUAGACUCAUCCCGCUUCCACUUCGGAGCCGCAUCAGCCAGCUUUCGGAGAUCUGCAAUCAGUCGGGAACUGUCAUCCUGAAUGUAAUGGAUGUUCAGAAUCCAAUUCAGCUAACUCUUGCUUCUCGUGCAAGCAUUUCACGCAGACCAUGAGGAAUAGAGCCGGCUUCAAAUGCGUGCCCAAGUGCUCCAGCGGAUUUUUCGCCGAAGGUGAUAAAUGUAAAAAGUGUGCGGCCAAUUGCCAGACCUGUUCUGGGGCCGAGAAAUGUGAUUCUUGUGAAGGGUCGCUGCUUCUGAUUGAGACGCAUACUGUAAGAUUGGAUCAAGGACAUUGUGUGAAGACCUGCCCCAUCGGAUUGGUCCCUGAUUGUAAGUUAAAAUUUAUUUGUAUUAUACUAGACCCUCUGUGAGUAUAACUUUUUUUAUUAAUUGCUUUUCUCUUUAGACAGUCACGCUGUCCAAGCGCGUUGCAUGAUUCGUGAAGAUGUCUGUUCCAUAGGUUAUUAUCUGGGAAUGAAUGGGAAGUGCCAGCUCUGCGAUAAGGCAUGCGAAACGUGUCACGGACCGGGUAAGUGUCGCUGAUAACGACUCAAAUCCUUGCAGGUUCUCUGGAAUGCACAACUUGCGCCAAUGGAUACCGUAAUGGGACUUUUGGAUACUGUAGAGAAUGCUGUACUGGAGAUAAAACACCCGAAAAUACUCAUCAUGAAUGUGAAGACUGCUCGAAGAAGAUUGUAGAAGAGUCCGACAGUCAUUUGUUCAGCUCGAUUGUCGUGUUUGCCAUCUUUGGAGGCUUGGUUUACUGUAUUUAUUCCUUCAUCCGAGGAAAUGUAUGUGGCGGGGAAGACAAAUCAGCCGAGUAUGUGAUAGUUUUGACAGUUUUGCCAUGCAUUCUCUGCUCUGAUUAUCCAAAUUGCCUUGUUUUAGAUACGCCUUAUUAUCAAAUACAGAUGAACGUUUUGGCGCCGUGGAUUCGGAUGACGAGACCUGUGCCAAUUGCCAAAAUGACCACCAACUCACCUCAUCGGCCUUAUAG